AUGGCUCCCACUCCGACCCCCACACCCGUGUCUUCUUCCCCCAAAGACUCAGACACUAUUUCAUGGGUGUCUACCGGUCUGAUCAUCGCUCUAUGCAUCACCCUAGUCACCAUCCUUGGAAUGUCCCUCCGUAUUCGCGAUUACAUCGUCGAAAAGAGAGAAGAGGACGACAAGCUCGUAAAAUCUCAAAACGCGUUGCGAGACAGCGAAUCUGACAGAAAGGGACUCCAGCGAGAGGCGGAUCUGCUGUCCCAAGAGCUGCAGAACUGGCGAACAUUGUAUGCCGAGUGCUGGGUUGAAAUGACCGCCGCUGGUACAUUCUGCCGAGAGAACCACAGCCACCGUCCCUCGGACCAGCCAAACAAGAAGCCUGAUGUCUCUACCCAAACCAAAGGUCCGGACGUUGAUGGAUCCGAAAGUCGGAUCGAACGGGCGAGGCCGAUUCUAAGGCCGACUCUAUCGGGGUUUGCUCGCGGAGACGCGGCUCAUUAUGUCGUUGAUGGGCGCUGGCAGGUACCCCAGCAGAUUAAGUUUGGAGACAUGUCCACGAUUCAUCUUGACACUGAUGAUGCACAGAUUGACAAUCCUGUUUUGAAGGACUCCGCUCAAGAUCCUAACAGGGAUCCGGACGCCCCGAAUGAUGCUCAUGCUGGACAUGGGCGACGGGAAUGA